AUGCAAGAUCACUUGAUUUUAGAUGUUGGUGGUAACGGAUUUAAAGUGAGCAGAUACACCCUAAAAAGUGCAGAGGGGAGUAUCUUUGCAGAAAUUGAGACCGUCAAACCCUUGCCCUUAUCAACUUCAACGCCAACGUAUUUCAUAGACAGAGAUCCAAAGUUCUUCCCCAUUAUUCUGAAUUACCUAAGAAAUGGAGACGUACACCCAUCCACCUUACCAGACGAGAGAGGUCAACUUUACAAACUUGAAGCACUGUUAAAAAUUAUUGAAAGGAAACUAAGUGUGUGCCAGUGUAAGAAGGAACUGUGUGAAAAAUAA